GUCACUUCUGGCCCUGGGCGAUUCGCAUCCGGGUCAGAGUGAGCCUCUUGCUCUCCGAGUGUGUUACUGGUGGAGGUGUCGCGCUGUCCGCGUUCUCUCUUCCCAGUGUGAUCGAGCCGCAGUGCCUGCCGGCGAGGAGUACCCGCUGCCUCGAGCAGAGAAGGACGAGGAGGGGACCUGGGAGCGGGCAGCGGCCGGGCUGGGCCGCUCUGGGGCGGGCUGGCGACUUUGCUCCUUCGCUUGCUGCUGUCUCUGGAAACCGGGUGCCAGCACUGAGGAGUCUUCAGCUGACAGCAAGCCCCUUCCCCGGCUCCCCUGCCAGCCCUGCCGGGGAGGGCGGAAGAUGCCGGUGAAGAAGAAGAGAAAAUCUCCUGGGGUGGCAGCGGCAGUAGCGGAAGACGGAGGCCUCAAAAAGUGUAAAAUCUCCAGCUAUUGCAGAUCCCAACCCCCUGCUAGACUAAUAAGUGGAGAGGAACAUUUUUCAAGCAAGAAGUGCCUGGCUUGGUUUUAUGAGUAUGCAGGUCCUGAUGAAGUUGUAGGGCCAGAAGGAAUGGAAAAAUUUUGUGAAGACAUUGGUGUUGAACCUGAAAAUAUUAUUAUGUUAGUUUUAGCGUGGAAAUUGGAGGCUGAAAGCAUGGGAUUUUUUACCAAGGAAGAAUGGUUAAAGGGGAUGACUUCAUUACAGUGUGACUGCACAGAAAAGUUACAGAACAAAUUUGACUUUUUGCGCUCACAGUUGAAUGAUAUUUCUUCAUUUAAGAAUAUCUACAGAUAUGCCUUUGAUUUUGCAAGGGAUAAAGAUCAGAGAAGCCUUGAUAUUGAUACAGCUAAGUCUAUGUUAGCUCUUCUCCUUGGGAGGACAUGGCCACUGUUUUCAGUAUUUUACCAGUACCUGGAGCAAUCAAAGUAUCGCGUUAUGAACAAAGAUCAGUGGUACAAUGUAUUAGAAUUCAGCAGAACAGUCCAUGCCGAUCUUAGUAACUAUGAUGAAGAUGGUGCUUGGCCUGUUCUUCUUGAUGAAUUUGUCGAGUGGCAGAAAGUUCGUCAAACGUCAUAGCAAGAACUAUUGUGAAGAAAAUGCAAACCUUUAGAUCCUUACGUGUGUACAAGCUAAUGAGACGAGGGAAAAAAAAAAAAACCAAAGGGGUGCAUUUUCACUCAUAUGAAAGACUUCUCAUAGUACUUUUUUUUCCUUUUUUUUAAAGGAAGUUUUCUUGUUACAUGUUAUGGGCAUUGAGCCACACCUCUUCCAAGACUGAAUAUUGAAGUUUUUGUUUUGAGUUAUGUUUAUAACAUUUAUUUCAGAACAAUAAAGAUUCAGAUUUGUGACAAAGGCCUUAAAGUGAA